AUGGCUUCUACUGCCGGUGCAAAGUUGCCCCUUCCAACACCUUUCGGGCCUGCAGCUCUUGCAUCAGCCCCCGAGGCUAUCUCCAAGUCUCCGUCCAUGUCUGCGGAAACGGGCGAUGUGCGAAUGACUCCAAACACUAUACUUGCUCUUGACUUGUCGCCCAACGAGACUUGUAUGCCACUUGGCUCACCAGUGCCAUUGACCUCUGAUACGCCACUCGCUCUCGAUUUGGCAUCCGUCAACCACAACCUAAUCCCAGCUGGCCCACGAGUGCCACUGACCGCGAGGGCACUGUUCGCUCAUAACUUGGCAUACGACGGGCCCUCAAUCCUACUUGGCUCGGCGAGACCAUCCUCUGCAGUCGCAUCAGCCGCCCACGAUGACGAAAAAGCACCUCAACCAGAUCCCUUCCAGUCGUUCUUUUACCACACCCCGGUCGUGCCUCCUGUGAGGCGUUGGUUCCCGAGUAUCGUAAACUCUCAACAACGAACGCGUUCCGACAGAUUGAUUCGACGUGCGGGCGUCGAUGUCUUGUAUACCCAAGCCGCCCUCAUGGCCGACGAGAAGCGGUUCGACUGGGAGAGAAGAUUCAUGGGAUACUUCCGCUGGACGCCAUGGAGCCGGCAAAGCGGCGAGGAUCUUGUCCAAUGGGUCCGGGCCCGUGGAUAUGAUCUCUCAUGGGGCCCUCACGGCAAAAAAGUUUUUGAAACGGCCUCGCAGAGUGGUUAUCCACGCAAGAAAUACUAUCCAGCAUUCGAAGCCGUCUUGGACGAGUUCACUUACCGCAUGCAAUGCAUGACUCUGAGCGCCGGCAUUUACAACCUCGUCUUUGCGAGAAUCCACCCGGACUAUUACAUCGUCGUGCCCGUUGGCCCGAGUCGCCCAGUCUACAACCCUGACGACUUUUCUCCAAUGGAAAAUACCUUCAUUGCCACGUGGUAUCCCUUCUGGUUCCUCCUUUUGGCCGAGCUGCCCGGUGAGGAUCGAUACUUGACUUUCCGUCGCGAGUUUAUGCGUAUCAGCGACACGCUCAGAGGCUACUAUAUCGAGCGCACACCCUAUUGGCGCGGUUGCUCUGAUCGACUUCAAUCGGUGAAGAGUGCGAAGGGUUUCAAUUUGUCGUGUUGA